CAGGAGAAGCUGUACGUAUCUCACGUAAGAUUAGACUAUAUGCCAGGCUGUGUCGUGCGUGUUUGCACGUCUCUCUUGUUGUUGGUUUAUUCUUUAGUGCUUUUGUGUUACUUCGUGUUUUAAAUGGUUGAUUGUCUUCCUGCUGCGUGAAUUUGGUUUUCGACACACUCAGCUCUGACCCUGAUAACCGGGUGACCUUCAGCCCACGGAGCUCGACACUGGCAGAAUGUCGCCUCUUUAACGGGAAGCCGAGCCGCUUGACUCCCGUUCGAAUCAGAUCAUUUGGCUCUAGGUUCGGACUGGUUGAGGGAUGGCCCACCGCUCGCUGGUGAACCUGCUGUUAUUCGGGAAUCGAACCAUCAGCUGCAUAUUCGCUCUUCGGUCUCUCCGCACCGUGGCGUGCGGAGCUUCAUCGGCACCGACAGCCGGCUUCAAGCCGGAUAAAGUAGCGGUGGUCACCAAGACCACCCGGUAUGAGUUCGAACAGCAGCGGUACCGGUACGCUGGACUGUCCGAGGAGGAUCUGAAACAGUUGCUAGCGAUGAAGGGUUCCAGCUACAGCGGCCUGCUGGAGAGACACAACAUCCACAACAACAAUGUGGAGCACAUAGUGAAGAGUCUGCAGAGAGAAGGCAUCCAGGUCCGGGUUGUGAAGAGAGGAGAGUAUAAUGAAGAGGUGGUGCGAUGGGCGGAUGCUGUGAUUUCAGCUGGAGGUGACGGGACCAUGCUUCUGGUUGCCAGUAAAGUUUUAAGCAAAGACAAACCGGUGGUAGGAGUCAACACCGACCCUGAGAGGUCGGAGGGGCAUCUCUGCCUUCCUGUUCGGUACACGCGGGCCUUCCCGGAGGCUCUGGAGAAGCUGUGCCGUGGUGAGUUCAGGUGGUUGUGGCGCCAGAGAAUCCGUCUGCACCUGGAAGGAACGGGAAUUAACCCGACCCCAGUGGAUCUGCAUGACCAGCAGCUGAGUUUGGAGCAGCACAACCGCGCUCACCGGAUCACCACCACGGACACACACCAGAGAUCAGGAAUGCUGCAUCAGACCGUCUCUGAGCCCUGCCUCCUCCCUGUCAGAAGUCUGAAUGAGAUCUUCAUCGGAGAGUCUUUGUCCUCCAGGGUGAAGGUAAAACCCUUCAAACCCCAUGCUAACUUCUUGCUCCAUAGGGCUUCCUACUAUGAGAUCUCUGUGGACGACGGUCCAUGGGAGAAGCAGAAGAGCUCCGGACUCAGCAUCUGCACUGGAACCGGGUCCAAAGCCUGGUCGUACAACAUCAACAAGCUGGCUGAACAGGCUGUAGAGGAGGUGUUGAGAAUCGGAAUGUCGGAGGCUGGUGCCGAUCUGCCCCUGAGCCCCGAGUUCAUACAGAAGGUGACUGACUCCUACAACGAGUCUCUGGUGUUUAGCCCCGCCCAGCGGCGCCUGCUCUACAGCGUCAGAGAGCCCAUCGUUAACAGAGUCUUCUCCAGCAGCCGACAGCGUGGCUUUGCCAGCAAGGUGUGUGUCCGCUCUCGGUGUUGGGAUGCCUGCAUGGUGGUGGACGGUGGGACGUCCUUUGAGUUUAACGAUGGAGCCAUCGCCACAGUCAGCAUGAGUGAAGAGGACCAGCUGAGGACGGUUCUUCUAGAGAACUGAUCUGGGUCAGCAGAACUGGAGAGGUUCUGAAGGAUGCAGCCAAAGGGGAGAACUGGGUUUUAGCCUCUGCUGCUGGUCCAGGUUGUCACGGGUCAGAGUCAGAACUUUGAUCCUCAGCGUGGACAAAAAGGAUCCCACCCAACGUCCUCCUGUGCCCUUGUCCUCACGUCCCCCUGUUCUCCUUUCUUUCUGUUCCCCCAUCUGAACCGGCCCAAUUCCACUUUAAUCCUGAUUGGAUUCAGGAUUUCUCCUGAUGAUGAGUCCCGAUGACAUCAGUCAGCGGUCCGGAGGAUCACUUCCUGUUUUCCUUCCAGAAGUUAAAGCAGUGUUUGGUGGCAGCCUGUAGAUCCCAGACUUGUUUUCUUUGGUCUUGGGUCUACGGAUCAUCAGAACCCACAGCGGAUCCAGAUGAGUCUUCAGAACUGGAUCAGAACCACCACAACGAGUUAAAGGAAGUCUGGCAGAUGGAAGCAAAAUGGGAAGAGUUGAAGGUGUGAUCUGGAGUUCUGGAUCUGCCUGAUUAGAACCUGUGUUGGGUUAGUAUGAUCAGAACCAGCGCCGUUUCUGGGCCAGCUACUCCAGAGUUGAUGCAGACAUCAUACGUCAUUCCUGGAGGUCAGAAUCAUUUAGAUACUUCCGUGUUUGGUUCUUUUGCCUUUUCCUACGGUAACCGUUACUCCAGCUGUUCCUAACGCAUCUUUGAUGCAUCAUGACCGGUUCUGGCUUCAGAGGUCAGUUCGGGUUUUCCUGGCGGAGUAUAAAUGGACUUGAAUGAUAAAAACUGGUUGAGUCCAGAUCCUGGUUCUGGUGGGAGGACAGAAUUUAACUACUGCUUUUGUUUCUGUGGUCAAAGGGAGCAGGGAUCUGAGCCCUGCCGGGAUCAGUGCACUGCAUCUGGCAAACCUGAGCCAAGGACGUUUAGAACUUGUAUCAGAACCUGAAAAUGAAACGUGGACAUGGAGCAGUAGCAUCAGAGAGCCUAAGAGACUUCAACCAUCACACGUUCGGUUCUGGUGCUGCUCCUUGUCAACAUUUCCACCUGAAACUGUUUGGUUUGUUAACGAGAAUUCUUCUGUACAUGGUGCCAUAUUCUAUCCAGUGGGUUUGGGCUGGCUGAAGCCGAAUCAGAACAGUUCUGUUUUAAUAAAAUCAUUUUACAACC